AUGUCGGAAACCACAUUCUCUCUGGAAGCUGCGCUCGCCAACCCAUCUGGGGUCGUCUCACCCGAGUCUGCAGAGGUGGUCAAGGCGACGGUCGGCGUUGUGGUGCAGCACAUCGAUACAAUUGUUGCUCACUUUUACGAUGAGCUCUUUGCUACCGUCCCGGACACCCACUACCUGUUCAACAUGUCAAACCAGCGCGAUGGCAGCCAGCGCAAGUCGCUGGUGGGAGCACUGCUUGCGGCUUCGCCGGCAACACUGGAGGAGGGCAAGCUCGAGGCGCUGAUGGGCCAUCUGGAGACCGUCUUCCACAAGCACGUGGCCCUCGGCGUCCGGCCGGACCACUACAAGAUUGUCCACGACCACUUCCUGGGAGCCGUGGCGGCCGUGCUUGGCGAUGCGGUGACCGAUGCCGUGGCUGCCGCCUGGUCCGAAGUCGUUGUCGCCGUCUCGCAUGCCUUUAUUCGGCACGAGGAUCGGGUCCGCACCGCGAUGGCCGACGCCACCAGCGGGUGGACCGAGCCUGAGCCGCUCGAGGUGCUGGCCGUCGAGACCGUGAGCGAGGACGAGUGCUGCAAGACGCUGCGGCUGCGGGUCAAGGACGAGUCGCUUCGACCGGUCUUCUCCGCAGGCCAGUACUUGACGGUCCUGCCACCGGCCCAAUGGCCGGCGCACGGCCCGCGGCACUACACCAUCACCACCGAGCCGAGCGCAGAGCAGGUUGCCGCCCGUGAGCUCUCCAUCACAGUCAAGAAGCUCGAAGGUGAGAGCGCCGAGACGCCGGACGGCCUCUUCUCGUCGUGGCUCACCUCGCUCGAGGCCGGCGCCGAAAUCAGGGCACGCGCGCCCAUGGGCGGCUUUGGCCGCCCGGCAAGCCUCGCCAGUAACCCGGUCGAGGUCUUUAUCGGCGCGGGAAUCGGCGUUACUCCGCUGCUGCCAAUGGCAUCGCAGGCGACGGCCGCCGGCUCCAAGGUCAUCAUUUUCACCUCGGCGCGGACGCGCAAGGCCGCGGCGCUCGAGCCUGCUCUGGCCGGCCUUGCUGGAGCUACUAUCGUGCAUCGGUACACCCGCGAGGGCGACGCCCGGCUCACCGCAGCUGACAUUGUGACCAAGCUGGGCGAAGAGGGUGUCGCCGUGGACGCGCCCGGCCUCUGCGUCUACGUCUGCGGGCCGCGCAGCUUCAUGACGACCAUGCUCCCGGGACUGGCUGCUGCAGGCGUGGCCAAGACGGCGAUCCGGUUCGAGGCCUUUGGCCCGACCGGCGAGCUUGCGGUGUGA